AUGGAUCAGCAUGUCAAUCAAUUCUUGACAGUAAUUACAGCGAUCGCAAGAGUUACUUCUACGAUUGCAGGCUUCAUGUUACCAUCUAUUUUAGCAGGAGUAAUUGUAUUCAACCAAGAGCCAGUAUUAUGUGACACAGGAAAUUCACUUGAUAGACUAUUGGAAGCAUCAAUGUCGCUUAAUCUACUUAGCAUCAUAAAAUCCUGCUUAGAACCUGGAAAUCUUCGAAAAAUUAUGUUUAUAAUUGCCUCAAUCUUAGUUAACAGGGCACUUGAUAUUGCAAAUAAUUGCACUGAAGAUUCUUCUUAUGCAGGUUCUUGUUCUUCUUAUGAAACAGCAACUCUAAUGGUCAUUUUGCAAUUAUGGAACACUACAGAUGACGUUUAUCUUAUACAAUCUGCGUAUCAGUGUCCUGAAUCAUCAUGGUCAGCUUCUGGUAACAUACAAAAACAGAAACAAACAUUAAUGUUGACCCACAUAACUCCGGGAUUUGUGAAGGAAGUUCAUGGAAAGGCUUAUGCAAUUGUAUUUCAUUGUCAAAGGUUAACAUACAGAAUUGAGAGAAGCCAAUUACAUGCAUCUGCUGAUCGUCUAGCACAACAAUGGAUGCAAGCAACUCUCGCUGCAUUGAGUGAUGCUGUAAAAGAAAAUAGUGAAGUAAACUAUGAUUGUAUGAUGAA